AUGUCAAGACGGGAGCCAAGCGACCUCCGAGCGCUCCCGGAGGCGGCGGCGGACUCGGAGCCGGGCAGCGGCGUCUCAGUCUCGGAGCGCCGCCGCCGUAGGGACCGGGAGGAGGACGAUACCUCGCGGUCCGAGCGGUCCGAGCGGAGCCGCAGGCGGCGUCGCAGACGCGACGAGGAGGAUGCCAGCAGUCAGGCGACCUCAGAGCUCUCCCGGCGGGAUGAGGACCGCGAGAGCCGAGGCAGCCGCCGAAGGCGGCGCCGUGAGGAGGAAGCCGAGGGCGAGAGCCAAAGGCUCUCCCGGAUCCAGGAGGAGAGCGGAAGCCCCGACUCCAAAGCGCGCUCUGCAAGGCCGGCUAGCCCGCCAGAGGCGGCGCGGCAGGCGCAAAGCGGAGACGGCGAGAGCGAGGAGUCGCGGAAGCUGCUGAAGGACUACCUCUCCAGGCCCGAGGUGAAAGCCGCCGCGGAGGCAAUGAGCAGAUCCAAAAGCUGCAGCACCGUGGGCCCGAGCAGCCCAGGCAAGAGCAGCUCGCCGACCUCAUCCAGGCUCACCAUCGUGCAGCCGGUGGAGAUGUCGCAGCUCAAGCGGAAGUUUGAGGAGCUCAUCACGGACCUUGAGGAUCUGGAGAAGCAGCAGGAUGCCGUGCAGCAGGACCGCGAGCGCUUGGAGAAGGAGAAGCAGCAGAUGACUUCAGGCCACUGCUCGAACGCUGACAUUGUGCAGCUCAAUGUGGGCGGCCACCUCUUCACCACGAAGCGCCGCACUCUGCUCAUGGCACCGGAAGGCAGCCUCUUGCACUCCAUGUUUUGCGGCCGCUGGGAGGACUCCCUGCCGCGCGAUGAACAGACACGGAUUUUCUUGGACUUCACCCCGAUGCUUUUCGAGACCGUGCUCUCAUACCUGCGGACACGGCGCUGGCUCCGCCAGGGGUGUCCGUUGGUUUGCCAUCUGUUGAAGCAGAGCAUCGGCAAGAGUUUUAUAUGA